GUAUUCUGUUAAAAAUUCAAGUGAACAAUUCAAAAAUGUCCAAAAUUAAUUUGAUUUUAUUGAUUAGCUUUGCAGUUCUUGCAUGCUGCACAGCAUUGCCAAGACCAAAUGAUGAAGUUGUUGAUAAAAUUGUUGAUGAAGUUCCAGUUGAAGCAGAAGUGAAGAAAGACGAAGUUGAACUGGAAGAUUCUGCAAGAAUUCACAGACCUCAUAACCCAUUGUUGAAUCCUCAUCUCAACUCAAACGUUUAUGCUCACAACCCAAAUAUUUAUGGAGCCUAUUCACCAACCAUCAUCACAAAGGCACCACUGUCAUUUGAUGCAACUAUCGUACUCAAUCCAGUUGUUCCUGGACAGUUGAUUGGAAAAAAAUAAAUUGAGUCUUAAAAUUGAUGCUGAAUAAAAUUUUCAAAAAUUAUUUAAUAAUUGUUUUUUGAAUAAAGUUCUGAAAAUGUGAA